GGGAGAUAACUUUUAAGUGCCACGAGGUUUUUUAAAAAACGUCAAUUACGAGGGAUGGAUCGUAUAAAAGAGGGCUGGUUCAGCGAGAUCGGCGAGCUGUGGCCUGGCCAGUGUAUGUCGUUAGAAGUGGAGGAGGUAUUGCAUAAAGAAAAAUCAAAAUUUCAAGAUGUUUUGGUUUUUAAAAGUAAAACAUAUGGAAAUGUCUUGGUUCUCGAUGGGGUGAUCCAGGCGACUGAUCGAGAUGAGUUUUCUUACCAGGAAAUGUUGGCGCAUCUGCCAAUGUGUUGUCAUGCCAACCCCAAAAAGGUGUUGGUGAUAGGCGGUGGAGAUGGAGGCGUGGUGCGAGAGGUUCUCAAACAUUCGUCAGUUGAAAGUGUCGACCAAUGUGAAAUUGAUGAGAUGGUGAUUGAGGUCAGUAAGAAAUACCUGCCUCAAAUGGCAUGCUGUUUUGAGGAUCCACGACUAAACCUCCACAUCAAGGACGGAUUUGAGUUCAUGGGUCAGCACAAGGGGGAGUAUGAUGUCAUCAUUACAGAUUCCAGCGACCCUAUAGGACCUGCAUCAGCGUUGUUUGAGAAGUCGUAUUACGAGUUGAUGAAGAAAGCGUUGAAACCUGGAGGAGUCGUCUGUAGUCAAGGAGAAUGUAUCUGGCUUCAUCUGGAUCUCAUUAAGGACAUGCAUGACUUCUGCAAGACACUGUACCCCUCGGUUGAUUACGCGUACACGGCGAUACCCACGUACCCGAGUGGCCAGAUAGGAUUUAUUCUCUGUAGUUUAAAUCCGGAUAUUGAUUUUCGAGAACCAGUCAGGAUAUUAACUGAAGCUGACGUGCUCAAGAUGAAACUUAAAUAUUAUAACCAGCAUAUCCACGCUGCAUCUUUCAUUCUUCCCGAGUUUGCAAGAAAGAAACUUUGCAGCAAGCAAACAGUGUAGGAUACUCCAAGAAAUGUCAAACCUCCAAGAGAAUGGCGAUCAACCGGAUCGCACGCACGCGCUGUAUUCAGUCUAUGUGAGUCUUUUAUGGCGUCGCUACAUUUAGAAGACAACACCCACCUGUGCGUUAACAGGACAUCCCUUCUUGACGAGGAUGGAGACCACAGAAUCCAUGACGUCACCAACUUCAACGGCGCAGUGCAGUGGGGUGCUCUUUCGUUUGUUGCUCACCUUCACGUUUGCACCUUUGUCCAGCAACAGUAUGGCAAUAUCCGGUUCUUUCCUGGAUAAAUAAAAAAUACCAAGUUAA